UCCAAAGCUAAUCUAUUAUGGCAGAAAUUGCAGUAUCAUUUCUCCUUGAAAAGCUCACAUCUUUUCUUCAAAACGAGGUGGAGCUUUUGCAAGGGAUUCCCGAAGAUUUAGAGUACAUCAAGGACGAGUUACAGAGCUUGAAGGCAAUCCUACGAGUUGCAGACUCUGCGGGUGAGAGUAACCAAGAACUCAAGGUAUGGGUUCAGCAAGUAAGAGAGAUUGCUUACGAUACUGAAGAUAUCCUGGAUGAAUACAAGCUCGACCUUGCCAACGAUCACGUUGACAAGAUCGAUGCUUUUCUGCAUAAUAUUUGUUGUUUCACCAAGAACUUGAAAACCCAGCAUCGGAUUGCUUCCAAGAUUAAUGUCAUCAAAUCCAGAAUCAGCAACGCAUCUUCCCGGCGUCCGAAUUUUGAUUACUAUGGGAUGAACGAGCAAGGUCCGAGCUCCAUUUCUACUGUUAAUCCAUGUAUGGAUAGAAGAGGGGAUGCCCUCCUUCUAGAUGGUGUUGAUCUAGUAGGUAUCGACAAGUCCAAAGAGCAACUCAUUGAUUGGUUGGUGGCUCGAAACUCCGGCCGGAAGGUGGUUUCGGUGGUCGGAAUGGGCGGGUCUGGGAAAACCACCUUGGCGAAGCAAGUUUAUGACAAUGCCAGAGUGAAGAAACAUUUCGCUGUACAUGUUUGGAUCACUAUUUCACAUCCUUUCAAGAUGGAAGAGCUGCUAAGAAACAUGGUACGCCAGCUCUUUGACGCAUCCAGGAAGCCGGUUCCUCGAGGUAUCGAUGACAUGGAUCCGAGUCUGCUUAAGAUGAUCAUUAAGGGCUUCCUUCAGCUAAGGAGAUACUUGAUUGUUUUAGAUGACGUCUGGCAUUUGAAUGAAUGGGAAAUGCUCGAUCAUGCGUUGGCUAACGAUGGUUGUGGGAGUCGUGUGUUGAUCACGACGCGUAACUCCGAAGUAGCUUCGACGUCGUGUGCGGAAUCUGAAGAUAAGGUCUUCACUGUAGAGCCUUUAUCUGUGGACGAGUCGUGGACACUUUUCUGUAAGAAGUGUUUCCGGAAGGACUCAUGUCCAGUUGAAUUGGAGAGACAUUCUAGACUUAUUUUGGAGAAGUGUGAGGGGUUGCCACUCGCAAUUGUGGCCAUUAGUGGUGUUUUGGCGACGAAAAGGCGUACAGUUGCGGAAUGGGAGAUGGUUUACCGUGGCCUCGGUGCUGAAAUGGAGGACAAUAGCAGACUUAUCAAUUUCAAAGAAGUUCUUUUGCUGAGUUUCAAUGAUUUGCCAUACCACUUGAAAUCUUGUUUCUUGUAUUUGAGCCUCUUCCCUGGGAACCAUCUGAUUGAGAACAUGAGGUUAAUUCGAUUGUGGAUAGCCGAAGGGUUCGUUGAAGCCAAAGAAGGUAAGACACAAGAAGAAGUUGCAGAGGACUACCUUGGUGAACUCCUGAAUAGAAGCUUGAUACAAAUAGCCGGUAUAGCAAACGACGGAAGAAUCAAAACAUGCCGCAUUCACGACCUUAUGCGAGAAAUCAUCAUUUCAAGUGCCAGGGAUCAGAACUUUGUUGCAGUUGCUAAAGAGCAAAAUUCGACAUGGUCUGAUAAGGUCCGCCGCCUGGCAAUACAUAACGCACUGGUAAAUGCACAACAAAAUAUGAAGGCUUCUCAUCUGCGGUCCUUGUUCGUGUUUGAUUAUGGCGAUCCCGUUCCUUGUUCACCUACAGACACAUUGAUUCCUAGCAUUUGCAGGCUGCUUAAGGUGUUGGAUUUGCGAGCUGCGCCUAUACAGACAUUUCCUGAGGAAAUUAGCAACUUGAGACUUUUAAGGUAUCUUAGUUUGAGAGAUACCAACAUCAAGACGAUUCCAAGCUCUAUUAAGAAGCUUCAGGACUUGGAGACAUUGGACCUUAAGCACUCCCAAGUUUCCGAAUUGCCGAUUGAGGUCCUAAAGCUCCAAAGACUUCGUCAUCUUCUGGUAUAUCGUUACGAGUUUACCUCGUAUUCACGUUUUCACUCGAAAUAUGGCUUUCAGGCACUGUCUGGUAUUGGAGCUCUACAAUCCCUUCAAAAGCUCUGUUUUAUGGAUGUAAACCAUGAUAAUGCCCUUAUUAUGGAGCUAGGAAAACUGGUGCAGCUUCGAAGACUAGGCAUUACAAACUUAAGAAAAGAAGAUGGAAACCUGUUGUGUUCAUCCAUUGAAAAGCUGACCAAUCUUCGAGCAUUGUCGAUCGUUUCAUCGGGGAAGGAAGAGUUCAUUGAUCUGCAAUCACUUUAUUCUCCUCCUCAAGUACUUCAAAGGCUAUACUUAUAUGGGCGAUUAGAGAAGUUACCAGAUUGGAUACCUAGACUUCAAAGCCUAGCAGUUAUAUAUCUGAAAUGGAGUAGGCUGCCAAAUGAUGCAAUUCAAUCCCUUCAAAACUUGCCAAAUCUUGUACAUCUUGAACUGCUGCAAGCCGUGGAAGGAGACACUUUACAUUUUGAGGCUGGCGGAUUUAAGGGGCUUAAACAACUGGGUAUAGACAAAUUUGAAGGACUGAAAUGCAUACAAGUGGAAGAUGGAGCAAUGCCUUGUCUUGAAAAGCUGAGCAUCCAACGCUGUAAACUGCUGGAAAGGGUGCCAUUAGGGAUUGAAUAUCUGACCAACUUAAAAGUUCUUGAAUUUUUCGAUAUGCCGGAGGAUUCGAUUAUGACCCUUGGUCCUGAUGCAAACAUCCCGGAAGUUUACCAUACUUACUGGAGAAAUGGAGAAUGGGAGGUCUACUCCAUUGAGAGUUCAGGCGAGAAAGAGAUGGGCAGUUCCAUCAAUACUGAUACGCUUCAAAGUCGUUUCAAAUGAUGCAUUUUUUUACAUUUUGGUUUAAGAUUAU